AUGCCGCUGUCCCCUGUCCUAGUGCCCCGACCCUCCCUGUCACUGCACCCCAGCCAGGGGGUGUCCCUGGGGGACACUGUCACUCUGCGCUGCCACCUGCCCCGGCUGGCUGCCUGGGUCUGGCUGUACCGGGAAGGACGUUGGUCAUACGCCAAGUACAUUGACAAGAAGCAGGACACGACAGAGUUCUCCUUCCUUAGCACAAGUCGGGAACACUCAGGUACAUAUUCCUGCCAGUACCAGCUGUCUGAGUCAGAGGACAUAUCAGUGAUGAGUGACCCCGUGGAGCUGGUGCUGACAGAUCGCAGUUUCCCCCCACCUCAUAUCUCCCUUCACCCCGAGGAACGUGUGGGGACAGGGACCAAUGUCACCAUCCGCUGCUGGAACAAGGACUAUGGGGCCGCCUUCCUCCUGCACAAGGAUGGACGCUCAGCUCCUAUCCAGCGCCUGGUCCCAGAUGAUGUUGGCGCAGUCUCCUUCACCCUCUUUGGGGUAACCCCAGCUGACAGUGGCACCUACAGGUGCUCCUAUCGCCCCAGGAACUACUCCUUUCUGUCCUCACCCCUUGGGGACAGCGUAACACUGGAGGUGACACCCACAGCUGCACCCCCAGAGGUACCUGCCCCUCAUGUGUUUGUCCCCAGUGCCACCCAUGGGUGGCAGUGUCAUCACAUCCCUUCCCCAUGGAGGUGAUGCUGGGGAUGAACACGCCCAAGUACCUGUACCCCACAGGUGCUGAAUUGGUGUCCCGUGGGAACCUGGUGGCGGCAGUGGUGAGGGGCUGCGCUGCUGCU